GAAACUUCUGCAUCCCUAUUCUAUAAUGCAAGAAUUUCGCGUGGAAAUCCCAUCGCCAUCUCUAGCUUUGGCGUUCGUACAUGUUAGGCAACGUCUAAACGUCUUCUUGUCAUGUAGUACUGCCACGCCACUAGUAAUCAAUAAAUUUCUUGAAAUCAUCGAUGUUCGAUAUAGCGGGGUAUUUCACCCAUGUUGUUAUGAUGUUAUCCGUUUUGACUUCAAUUUUAUCUUUGUGGUGAACAGAAAUUAACCCCAUCCGCUCGUCCGGGGGACCGGGUGCCCAAGUGUUUCUUGCACGGAACUCCAGCAUCUCAUUGUGUGCUGACGAUGGUUCUUCUCCCUUGCUUAUUUUUAGCUUUAGUUCUUGCGUCGAGUUUCUUGCGCAAUUGCUCGCCCUUGCUGACGAGGAGCAGCACCUCAUACUGAAGCAGCACCCAGGUAUGGAAUCACUCGUAUUGGCCUGUCAAAAUCGGAGAUGCUCCUCCUGUUUGUCCAUCAUUUCCCCCUCUUUUCGGUGACCUCCACAUUUCUUCCUCUGUCACUGGCUCAGUGCUGUGUGUUGUCCUUCUGGCUGGAGCAAGCGGAGCCCAGGUGUGGCGAGAUAUUUCCUAUCUUUCUCUCGAUGAAACUUUCUCAAAAAUAAAUUCCAUGGAUUCUUCAUCAAGUUAUUUUCUUGCUCCACGGAUUGCCUGCUCUGAUGAUCUGGUCCUUGGCAAGAUCACACUCGUGUUCAUAAACUCACCAACUCACUGACACCCCCGUACUCUUUCUUCUUCACCCACGGCCAAGAUAGAACUCACUGGCAUGCUAGGCUUCCUCUUUUUAAUUCACCAACUCCCUCCUCCGGCGCAUCCGCAUCCGAAUCUCAAUCCCCACGGGCACGAAUCUGACGCUGCGAAAACCUUUCCGCCAUGAAGCAGGAGGGGCGGAGGCGGCAACACCAACACCAACACCACAGGCCGCCGCCGCGCCUCGAGCUGGCUAUGGCGCACGCGCGGGGCGGCGGGGGCCACGGCCACGGCCACGAGGAGGAAGCGGAGGCGGCCGUCUGCCUGGACGGCGACUCCGAGGCGGGCGAAGCGCGCAGCGCGGGGCGCGCGCCGCCGUGGCGGGACCAGCUGACGGCGCGCGGGAUGGUGGCGAGCCUCGCCGUCGGCGCCAUGUACAGCGUCAUCGUCAUGAAGCUGGGCCUCACCACAGGGCUCGUCCCCACGCUCAACGUCUCCGCCGCGCUCAUCGCCUUCGUCAUCCUCCGCGGGUGGACGCAGGCGCUCGCCCGCUUCGGCGUCGCUACGCGCCCGUUCACCCGCCAGGAGAACACCGUCGUCCAGACAUGCGCCGUCGCCUGCUACAGCAUCGCCGUCGGAGGUGGGUUUGGCUCCUUCUUGCUUGCUCUGAACAAGAGGACCUACGAGAUGGCUGGGGAGGACACGGAAGGCAACCUUCCGGGAAGCUACAAGGAGCCUGGCAUUGGCUGGAUGACCGGCUUCCUCUUCGCCGUAAGCUUCGUCGGGAUUGUUGCGCUAAUACCUCUAAGGAAGAUCAUGAUAAUUGACUACAAAUUAACUUACCCAAGUGGUACUGCAACAGCUGUUCUUAUAAAUGGAUUCCACACAACUCAUGGAGAUGCAACGGCAAAGCAGCAAGUGAAUGGGUUCACAAAAUACUUUGCAAUCAGCUUCUUUUGGAGCUUCUUCCAGUGGUUUUACUCAGGUGGAGACAACUGUGGGUUUUCACAGUUUCCCACUUUUGGACUUAGAGCUUGGAAACAAACAUUUUUCUUCGAUUUCAGUCUAACAUAUGUUGGCGCUGGGAUGAUUUGCUCUCACCUCGUUAAUCUAUCUCUCCUUCUUGGUGCACUUCUCUCAUGGGGAAUAAUGUGGCCACUGGUCAGUGAUUUGAAAGGGGAUUGGUAUCCUGCAGAUAUGCCAGAAAGCAGCAUGAGAAGCCUGCAAGGUUACAAGGCCUUCAUCUGCAUAGCGCUCCUCUUGGGCGAUGGUCUUUACAAUUUUGUUAAGGUUGUUGCAUUCACUGUUAAGAGUCUACUUGGCAGAUCAAGACUGAAGAAUGCAAAGAAAGAGGAAGACAUUCCAGUGCUUGAUGAAAUUCAGCGCAAUGAGAUUUUUACAAGAGACAGUAUCCCCACAUGGCUAGCCUACUCUGGAUAUCUUGCACUAUCAGCUGUUGCUGUGUUUGCCAUUCCCUUGAUGUUCCAUGAGAUGAAAUGGUACUAUGUUAUUAUAGCAUACUUAUUGGCCCCGGCAUUGGGUUUCUGCAAUGCCUAUGGUGCUGGCCUUACUGAUAUCAACAUGGCCUACAAUUAUGGAAAGGUCGCGCUCUUUAUUCUUGCGGCCUGGGCUGGGAAGGACUCUGGUGUUGUAGCUGGCCUAGUGGGUUGUGGUUUGGUGAAAUCACUGGUGUCAAUAUCCGCUGAUCUGAUGCAUGACUUCAAGACUGGACAUCUUACAUUAACAUCACCUAGAUCAAUGAUUAUUGCUCAGGCUAUUGGCACUGCCAUGGGCUGUGUCAUUGGACCACUGACAUUUUUACUGUUCUACAAGGCUUUUGACAUUGGAAACCCUGAUGGGUACUGGAAGGCACCAUAUGCUCUAAUCUACCGCAAUAUGGCAAUUCUUGGUGUCCAGGGCUUCUCUGCUCUGCCCCUGCAUUGUUUGCAGCUGUGCUACGGAUUCUUUGGAUUUGCAGUGGCAGCCAAUCUGAUGAGGGACCUCUUGCCACCAAAGUACGGCAAAUGGGUUCCAUUACCAAUGGCAAUGGGGGUUCCCUUCCUAGUUGGUGCGAGCUUUGCCAUCGACAUGUGUGUGGGGAGCUUGAUGGUCUUCAUCUGGCACAUCAUUGACAGAAGUAAAGCAUCUUUAAUGGUGCCAGCAGUUGCAUCUGGGUUGAUAUGUGGCGAUGGGCUUUGGAUCUUCCCUGAAUCCUUGCUUGCCUUGGCCAAGAUCAGUCCACCAUUGUGCAUGGCAUUCAGGUCUUCACACUAGAGUAACAAAAUGCUCGACAUCUGAGAACAGUUCCAUGUCCAAUCGGAGAAGCUGUUGGCAUGCCAAGUUUGUUAUUAAUUAGCUGGGAUAUGAUACAUGCAGGUAGGUAAAGAUGCAGUGCCUAUCUGGAUGUUACCUACAUAUAAUGACGUAAUGUGGUACCCCUGUAAAAUUUAUCAUAUGCAAGAUGAUACAUCACAUUAGAGCAAUGGUAAGUUUGAGAAUUUCACCCCAGUGGUAAUGGAUGGAUGCAAGAGCUAGCAGUAGCCAAAAUUUUGCACCAUAGGUUGUACCCCCACCCCUAUAGUUUAAUAUGGAACCACAAGCUACAGUAUACAAACCAUCUUCCAAAGACAGCUGACCCUAUUGUCAAUCACAGCUGGUUUUGGUAAAAGAAAAAUGCAGUCAAAUCUUGCAUGAAUGGUUAGCAAAUCAUGUAUAUAUUUAUGUAUGUCUUUGCCAUAACUUGGAUUCACAAGAUGCAAUGUAGUAAGAGGCAUCUUGGUCAGGCAUCUGAUACAAUUGUAAAAUCAUCUGCUGCGUCCUUUUAUCAUAAACAAAAUCAUCAGGUGAUGUAUGCCUAUGAAUAGUUAGCAAAAGGUACAUAUAUGGUUAUGUAUAUUAAACACGUUCUGUGAAGAAGAAAUGUAACCAUUCAACAAGAACAAUCCAAUGAUACAUUUGUCAGCA